AUGUAUUAAUAUUUAGUCUCAUGAGUUUGUGACGUAUUCUUUGGCUAAAUGGUAAGCAAUUAAACUGGAAGGGUAUUAGCAAUGAGGUUUCGAAAUAUGGUCGUGGCUGAGAAAUGACUACAUAUUUUAAUACCUUAUAAAGAUAGAUUUGAGAGUGAAUUUUUUUUUUGAGGAGCUGGUGAAUUUUACAGGAAGGGAGUUACCGCCCAUCCAGAGAAAACCAAUGUCUACAAGCCAGUCGUCCCUCGAUAAGCAAGGCGUCCCUACACCGUACAGUAUCCCCCAGGAUCUAUACGGCAAGGCUAUGAGAAUCUCGAUAGCGCAUUCUAUGAAGGAGCCUGAAUUCACUGUCUGCUGCUUCUAGACUUUCGCAAUGUUCGCGUUUAUUUUCUGAGCUCCCAAAUUUGCUGUUGGUCUCUAUGGAUGAAUGAUCGUGAACGCCGAAGUUUGUGAACCGUACAUUCACUGCAAUUCCUUUUCCGCAAUUUUGUGCUAAUGUUCGAACUCACAAAGUUGGUGUUGCUUUGGGCAAUGAUGGUGAAAGUCGAUGCUGUCAAUUAAGACAAAAUACAAAAGAGGAUAUUUGAGGAGGGAACGGGAAGAACCAUCAUCAACACUAAUUCACAUCAACGUCAUGAAAGAAAAAUAUUUAUUCGGAGUAACAUUAAAAAUAAACUGAGUGAAAUUAUUACCGCAUUCGUUUCAUAUUGACGAAAUUGAAUAACCUCUAAGGAAACGUCUUGAUUAAUACUGAUACAUGCAUUUGAUACGCGAGUGAAGGUUAACGUGAUUCAUGUGCAUUUAGUUCAGUUGCUAGGUAAUGAAGUUAAACAAUGGUCACUACGCACAGUAUGGCGCCAGUUGAAAUUGUAUCCAGUUAAAUUAACAAACUAACCAGGUUGGGAGGAAAACGUCCACCCGGAAAAAUAAAAAGGCAACAAGUUUAAAUAACGAUUUGGUAUAAUCCAAGAUCGUUUUUUCGAAGUUUCAGGUAUGAAUGAGCUGAAGGCUACUCUACGAGAUCUAGAACAACGCUAUUUACUCUUCAAACAGCAACAAUUCACAUUUGUUGCAGCUCUGGAUCACACACGUGAGAAUGCCCAUGACAAGACCAAGCCUGUGUCUACUCUUUCACAGGUUCAAAAUUACCUGGACCAUUACUGUAACAAUUCAACAGACAAGCGAAUCCUGAUCAUGUUCUUGGAUCUUUGCAAAGAUCUGAGUGACUUUUGUAGUCAACUUGAGGAUAUCAAUCCCAAGGCUUGCUCACCUGAUGAUCGACUGGAAAAGUGCAAACUCCUUCUCAGCUGCAACAAUGACAUGUCCCACAUCCGAGCUAAAUAUCCUCACGAUGAAGUGAAUCACCUGAGCUGCGAUGAAUCUAAGCAUCACUAUGGUGCUGUGAUCAGCAUCUUGCCAGUUGCUUUAGACUUGUUAAGGGAAGGUAUUGGCGUCAUUGAAUCAGCCCAGUAUGAAGCUGCGAGAAAUAACAGGUAUGCUCAGUGCAACAAGAAAGAGGAACCACCAGAGAAAAGAUGCAGCAGCGUACAAACUGUUCCAAUUCAGAGGGAUGAUUGUGAAAACAAGUACAUGCAAUGGAAAGCAUCCAACAAACUGAAAAGUAAACCGUUAAAAUCCAAAUGCCCAUGGGUACCACCUGGUAAAACCAAUGGUCUUUGAACACUCGUAAUUCACAAACUGCCCAACUCAGCACCAUCACUAGAGCUAUUAUUGGAGCUGACUUGUUUCGGUUGCCUUUGGUAGUGGUUAUUAGAUACUUAUUAAAUAGUUGGAGCCCUUCCAUCCUGGAUAAAGGCAGUGCAUAGAAAUAAACUGAAUGCAUUAUUUCUGGAUUUCUGCACAGCAUAUUUUCCAAUUUUUAUUUUAAAACUAUGGUUAUUUUAUAUUAUCACAUUUCUCCCUUUUUUGGCCACUGCUUUGCACACCCUUAGGGCUUCCCAAGGCUUUUUACAGCCAAUGAAGCAUUUCUGAAGUGUAGUCACUGUUGUAAUGUAGGAAACACAUCUGUCAAUUUACAUACAGCAUAUGUGAUAAUGACCAUUUUGUUUUUAAGCAAUGUUGAUGAGAAUUAGCCAGGACACCAGGGAUCUUUCAUAUUCAAUUCAAAUAGCAGACAGUGUUGAUUUGAAGGCUCAUCUGAAAAGCAGCACCUUCAGAAGGGAAGUAUGCUUAUAGUAGUUCACCAGAGCAUCUCUCUAGAUUUAAGCUGAAGUCUCUGGAAUUGAACUUGAACCCAAAAUUUCUGACUCUGUAAUAAAAGUGCUUCCAGUGAAUGACUGCUGAAACCUGUUCCAUUCUAUUGCCUUAGUGGUUAAAAAUCAUUGUUCAUUCACGUGGAACUAUACAAACCAAGCAGAUCAUGUUUUUAAUCCUUGAACUCUGCUCAAUCAGAAUACCAAUGACAGAUUAUUAUAAUUGCUCUCUGUCACACUAGGUUAAUAAAGAAAUAUUAUUCAAUGUCUCUGCUACUGCUUGUUUCCAGUCACCCCUUUUUUGAAAAAUCAUAUCUGUGUCCACUGGAUGAGAUCAGGGUUGAGCUCUGCUGUGGUGGCCCCUUAUGUUUAAAUAUGCUAUGAACUUUCACUGAAUUCAUGCAUAUCUACUUGAGUGAGGCACAAAGCUGCCAAAAGCUGCUAAGCUGCAUCCCUCACUUCCUGUACAUCUCACAGGAAAGAUUGGAAGAAGAUCUGGAGAUGAAAUCUGUUGUUUAUAGAUUUGCUGAAGAUGUUCACUUGUGUGCUGAACAUUUUAUUGAUUUCUCCUCAAUUCAAAUCUGAUAAAAAUAACCACACACAUUUUCAUUUCUUCAAACUACAUUUAAGUCUUUCAGUCUGAUUGAGAAGUAGUAAAUAUGAAUAGAAUAUUGAGCUAAUCAGGUGCAUCUGCGCUGGAGUGUGGCUAAACAUUUCUCUCCUUGAUGCCAUUCUGCUUUGUGGCUGAGAGAAGUUAUGGUUGCAUCAAGUUUAAUUCAUUCAUUAUUAAGUUGAAACAAGUUUAUUUCUGGAGCAAAAUAAAUGUCACUAAAAACUUUACUUAAUUUUUGUUCAAGCAUUUUAAGUGUAUUGUCAUUUGUUGUCAUUGCAAGAAAAUGAAAAUUCUGUAGAGUAAUGAGGUACAAAAUAUGGUUUAAUUCGCAUUUCAGACAUGAAGUGUCUUGUGUGUCACUGCAGUUUUAUCCACUUCCUUUAAGAGACAGAUUCUACAUGAAUCAAUAUUAAGCUUGAUAUAUAGGAAAUGUUAGGUCUCAGUCAUUUUGAUCUAUGAAUAAGAUUAAGUUGUAGAAUUAGAAAAAUGGUUAAUUCUGUAUCUUAUUCAUUCUUUAUCAACUUUAAUACAGACACUUCAUGCAAAUCACAGAAGCGCAGCCCAUCAUGCCUACACUGAUUCUCUUACCUAGUGCCAAUCUCCUGCCUUUUUCCUCCAUCCCUACACAUAAUUUCUAUCCAAAUAAUCAUCCAAUGCCUUCUCAAAUGCCUCAAUUGAAUAUGCCUCUACCAAAUUUCCAGGGUUUAAGCAAUGGAGUCAGGUUGAGCAUUGCAGAUAUCCCCAAACCUGAAGUGAAUGGAGGCCAGAGCUCUGGCUCUGACUUCUGGGUUAUAUCUAAUGGGACAACAUCUGCUGGAUAUGGUGAAGCACACCACUGACAUCCUCCAAUUCCUUCUCUUCCUCUUCAACAUAUGGAUUGUGGAAGCUAUAAACCCCAUGUCCAAAAGAGCCAGCCACAUUUUAAUAGAUAUCAGGUGAUAUAAAAUAGCAAUGCCCAUUUUUGUUGUGGGCUACUAGAUCAGCUUCUAAAUCCUACCACCACCGCACACUGUACUCCAAGGAAAGCUUCAAAAAAGUGUAAAAUGAGAGUUGUGACUAUAUGUCCUAAUAUGUCUCAUAUUGAGGAGAAAAUUUACAAAAAGGCAAAUAACUGCAAAUUUUAUAAUUAAGUCAAAUGUAUUGCAGGUGAAAUUGAAUAGUUUCCAGUGAAAUGUUUCUUAAAGUUAUUAGUUCUACUGUAAUUUUUACUUUUUCUCCUGCUACUAUGGACAAAUUUUCCAACAUAAGUUAAGGUUCCCAAUUGGAAUGAAGCCGUGAUAAUCAGUUUUGUAUUUCACCUGCAGAAAAUGAGGCUCAAAAGCAAAAUACUGCAGAUAGUGGAAAUCUGAAACAAAAACCAAGCCUGUUGGAAACUACUCAACUGGUCAGGCAGCCACUGUGGAGAAAAAACUGAGUUAAUAUUUCAAAGUUAACCCUCUUUCUUUCCACAGUAAAGGAGGAUAUUGGUUCUACAAGAGACCAGGCAGUUGUUAAACUGUAGAGUUGACUAUGAAUUUGCGUCAAUGUCAAAUUCUGCCUUUAUGUCAAAGAAUGUCAUUUUCACUUCGACGCUAGAAUUCUUCUCCUUUGGCCACAUUUGGACCAGGUUUUUAAUAAAUUCUUCUCCUUUGGCUACAUUUGGACUAGUUUUUUAAUAAAAGCUGGAACCAAAUUAUCCUGGAAGCGCUCAAACAGAAUGUGGUGGGAGGGUUAUUGGUGACUGCCAUUUGUCAGCACUGUUAAUGACACAUUCCAUCACUGCUGAUGAUUGGGAGUUGACUGAAGAGGCAGUGAUUGACUUGGUUUGAUAUUUCCUGCUUUUUUUGUGCCAAGCAUAUCUGGAUAAUUUUCUACUUUGUCAGUGUUGCACUUGUACAAAAAAUAGUUUUGUUUAAGGAAUGGUUGUUUGGGAUAACUGCCAGAACAUAAGAGGGAUGUUGUUUGGGUUCAUGGGCCUUAGUUGCAUUUACUCAGUGCAUUCAUCUGUUUCUUGGUAUUGUACGGAGUGAAUCAAAUUGACCAGACAGGCAUAUGUGAUGGUGGAGUCCUCAGGCGAAACUCAGACCAAGACAGAUCAUCCAUUUGCUAUUUCUGGCUCGGUAAAUGUUUUAUUUAUAUCCAUAUAUCAAGUGUACACAUUGGCGAUAAUUAAUACUGUAUAAAUUACUGUGGAAUAUGUAACAAUUUUCAGGUGAUGGGAGUGUCAUUGGUUUCAAACUCUCACAUAUGGAUGAUAUUUCUGAUUAAUAAUCAAGUGGAGGCCUACACUGUAAAUUUCAUACACUGUAAAUGCUGAAUAUAGUUGCACUUGUGUAUGCAACUGAAGUGGAUGGCUCACCUCACAUUGGCAUAGUAGACAUCAAUGUUAACUCAGAUAGUUCAGAGUGCAUUGCUUUGCUAUUAGCCUUUACUUGCUCCAUGUCAGUUCAUCCUCAAAUAAAAUAGAUGCCAAGUGCUGUCUUCAUCCUUCAUAGCCAUCAUCCAGAAUCUUUCCUCGUUGAUUCUAAAUGGAG